AGAACCAAGCUUUUAGCACGCCCUCAUUGCAAAAAAAAAAACAGUCCCUCUCCAACUCUGGAAAAAAAAAGACGAAGGGGAAAAAAAACAGAUAUCGUUCGCCUAGCCCUGUGGACAGACGUGAGGGACACAGAGACACCCAGUCAGAUUGAGAGGGAAAAGUGUGACAAAAAGGGGGUAAAGAGCGACUAAAAGUGGAGGAGAGAGGAGAGGGGAAAGAAUACUUGAAGUGCUGAAACACCUACCAUACCUCUAUUUGAAACAUGCAUGGACAGAAGUGUUGGAUAUGGGUGGCCAUUUUGGCUCUCCUGAUCCUGACAAUGACGGUGGUGGAAGGCGGAAAAGCAGAAAAACAAGGGAAGAGGGAGCGCAAGUCGGACUGUGGGGAGUGGCAGUGGAGUGUGUGCGUGGCCAAUGAGGGCGACUGCGGCCUUGGCACCCGGGAGGGCACCCGAACUGGCACCGACUGCAAACAGAACAUCAAGACGCAGCGCUGCAAGAUCCCCUGCAACUGGAAGAAGCAGUUCGGAGGCGAGUGCAAGUAUGACUUCGAGAACUGGGGUGAGUGCGACAUGACCACCGGCAUGAAGAACAGGACAGGCGUGCUCAAACGCGCUCUCAUGGAUGCUACCUGCCCCAACACCGUCACUGCCACCAAGCCCUGCGGCAAGAUCGCCAAGACCAAGCUCCAAGACUCCAGGAAGCCCAAAAGGGACGGAAGGAAGAAGGAGCGCACCCCGAUGGACUAGCGGCGCGGCGCAGUGGUGACGGAACACCGAAUUUGCUUCGUCUUGCUCCCUCCUGCUCUUCCUCCUCCCAUAGGUCAUCCGGUGCAGAGUUUAAGGCCCUGUAGCACUCGAGCAGUAAACACAGAGAGAGAGAGAGAGAGAGGACGUGUAGAAAAACUACAGAGCAUGUUUUAUGUUGUUCUAUCCUAUAUACACUCUGAUAGAUGAGUUGUAACUUUUAUAGCUAAUUUCAUACUCCUAUAAUGUUGGUAGUGUGAGAGACUGGUUAAUAUUAAAAGAAAAUCUAAUCGAAUUAACCUUUUGUUCUGGAUCAGGUUCUUGUAAAGUACAACAGGGUUGGAUUGUUCUUUUUGAAGUGUUUGGAAAACAUUUUGAAAAGAAUUGUGUCAUAUUACUGAAUGUUUGGUGCCCUAAAUGUAGACUUUCUUGUCAUCACACCAAGGCAAUAGAUUUUCUUAGAGUGCAACUGUGAGAGUGUAGACCAAUACAUAAGCUGGAAUUCCAUCCAAUUUUAAGUGCAUUUAUGAAAAUUCGGCUCAAAGAAAUGUGAGUUUAUGCACAUUUCCAUCUGUUAUGUUAAGUGAAUAAAAAAUGGACACUCUCACAUUCAAGGGAGGAUCUGUGAAUAGCUGUGUGUCUAAAACUUGAGGUUGUUAGGGCAACUUUAACAGAAACACGUAAUAAAAUCUAAAAAAAAUUGAAUAAACCUGUUUCCAUCAACCGUAGUCGCAUUAUACCCUAUACGAAUCGGGAGUUAAUCCAUCUCCCUCUAGCGAAUUAAUUUCUUAUUCGACUUAGAAGACUUUAUGCACAUUUCAAGCGUGUCCACUCAGGAUUCCCUAUUCAAAUGGUCAAAAUUUGCAUGAAAAAGUUGGAUGGAAACUCAGCUAUCGUUUUCACUGGUGACACUGUAGUGUGUGUAGAGCCUGGUCUGAUUACCAUGUUAGUUUUGCUGUGUGGAGUUCUCCAUACCACUGGUCCUUACUGUCUGCUUUAUGUUUAAGUGAAUAAAAGAAGAAUCCAUAAA